CAUGGAAACAGGGCUGUUGAAAGUUUUUACUUUUCCUUCUAUAGUAAAUCGUUGCGUGAUAAGCUGCGAUCACGUAACGCAAGUAUGUCUCGACAACCCAACCAGCUGAUUUGUUAAGACGACUUCACCGAUCGCCGCAUGCCUUGCGUCGACAAGAAGAGCACCACAAUGAAAGCUACGCUGAUCUUGUGCAUGAUGGCGCUGGUCGCCUUAUCGGCCUCUGUCUCGGCGACUAUGGCCCCCUCAGAGCUUGCCUCCGAACUAGCAAGCAUGCGGCACCAAUUCCGCGACGCUGUCAUUCCGCUGACAGACGAUUUGCUGCAACGCUUUGUUGUGGGUCGCAGCAGGCCAUACGCCGUUGCCAUCUUCUUCACAGCGCAGCAGGUGGUGGACUCCAACCCCGGGUUGCGGCUUGACGACUUGAGGCGAGAGUACGGCCUGGCGGCUAAGGCCUUCGCGUCCGGCCCGGAUGCGGACAAGGUGUUCUUCUUUGAGGCGGGCCUGGAGGUCUCGCAGACACCCUUCGGCAUGCUGCAGGUCAAUGCCCUGCCCUGCGUCGUGCGAAUUCCGCCGGGUCUCGCGAUUACCUCCACCAAAGCACCGCUGGAGCUGCCCCGCAGCGAGAAGAUGCUGCCCGACACCAUCGGCACGCGCGACUAUCCCUGGCCUGCGGAAACCUUUGUGGACUUCAUUGGCACGCGUCACGGCGUCACGGCCGCAGCCGUGGACCGGCCCAGCUUCGUCAAGAGCCCGAUGUUCCCGUUCGUGGUGCUCGGCGCGGUGGUGACGGUGCUGUACCUGGCCUACAAGGCCCUGACCACGCAGAUGGCGCUACUGCGCAGCCCCGUGCUGUGGGCGGUGCUGUCCCUGGCGGUGUUUUGGUUCUCCGCGAGCGGUGGGAUGUACAACAUCAUCCGCGGCGUGCCGUUCUUUAUUCGGGACCGCAACGGCAAGAUCCAGUUCUUCAUGACCGGGCGGCAGGGCCAGCUGGGCGCCGAGGGCUUCACGCUGGGCACCCUCUACCUGGUGGCGUCCUGCGGCCUGGCCUUCGUGACCUACCUGGCACCGCGCAUCGCCUCCGCCCCCCUGCGCAACCUGCUUAGCCUGCUGGGGGCGCUGAUGGCGGCGGGCUCCGUGUACCAGACGUUCACGCUCUGGACCAUGAAGACCGGCUACAAACAUGUGUUCUACUUCUGAGCGGGCGCAGCCCUCCGUUAGACGGCUCUGGCUACGGAAUUGUCUGUGAUUUGGUGCAGGGUUUCGGAAAGGCGUAGAGAUGUGCAGGUCAAGGAGGUUGUGCGGCUGGUUCUUAGGCUGUAACGCCACCACGAACGCACGUUUGCUACAUCCAGAGUCCUAGAAGGGGUCUUUAGGGGGGAAGAAGGGCACAGGA